UUUGAAUGGAAACAGCGGCGAGGCGAUUCUUUGGAGCAGAAGGCUGGGUUUUCUCGCGGUUUGCGAGUAAUACAUUUGGGAUCGGCAGGAGAAGAGUUACUUCAGACUCCCCUCCCCCCCUCCAAGCGCGCCUUUUGCAUUGAAGGAAGUUUUAUUUGCACGGGAGGAGAGCAGAUGCGAGCCAAGCCGGGAUUCUACCGUCUGGGUGGAGCUGGCAGUCCAAAGGCGCUGUUAAAGAGACGCCCCUGUGUGGCUAUAUAAGCGUUUUCCAUCGAAGGAGAGCGAGGUGCUUACUGCGCUGGGUCCUCGACAAGAAAAGGAUUAGCGUUGAAGCAAUGAGGAGUAGGAGAUGAAAUGGCUACAGAGGAGAAAUACCCGACCACUCCUUGCAGCAGAGGCUUUCUUACGCUGAGCCUGCACUGUACCUAACAUUUGAGAAAGAAAGUUGGAGAAAUACCACUUAAUCCUUGGGAAAAUAUUGUAGAGAAAAGGAAAAUAGUGGUGGUCUUCCUUUUUGGAAAACAAACUUAACUCUUGGCAGCAAUUUUUCUCAUUGAUUCCAUCUUAACCAGCUAGACCUUCCUUAAGAUUACUUCUCUCCUGUUUCCAUCACAGUCGGAGAAUUUGCUUGCUCACAGUGCAGCUUACCCAACAAUCAAGAUGAUGCAGAUCUGUGACUCUUACAGCCAAAAACAUUCCCUCUUCAAUGCAAUGAACCGCUUUAUUGGAGCUGUUAACAACAUGGAUCAAACAGUGAUGGUGCCCAGUCUUCUUCGGGAUGUGCCUCUCUUGCUGGAAGAACUGGAUUCAGGGGGUGGUUGUGGAGAAAGGGAGGCCCAGUUGACUCCCAAUGACAGUACCUAUUGUUCUUGCAGAGAUAUGUAUAGUCACUAUAUGUUGCUCAAGUCCAUUCGCAAUGACAUUGAAUGGGGUGUAUUGCAGCAGGCAAAUGAGGAAACCACUGGAAGGAAGAAGGAUAAGCUGAAUGGGAGCUCUGGUGCCAUGGACAUAAGUCGAGGAGUCCCUGAAGAUGAGGAGGCGGAGGAGGAUUUAGAGAAGCAAUUUCAUUAUCACUUGAGUGGGCUUCACACUGUGCUCUCUAAACUCACCCGCAAGGCCAAUGUACUUACCAACCGCUACAAGCAGGAGAUUGGAGUCAACAGCUGGGGGCACUGAAUCAGGGAGGGGGAAAGCAUGGCCUGCCUGCCUGCCUGUUUGGGUGAGAAGUAAAAAAACAAAAACAAAACAGAAAAGGGGAAAUAGGCAUUUGGAAAGGGCUAAAGAAGAAUGCAAACAAGAAUGGUGUGUGUGUGUGUGUGUGAGAGAGAGAGAGAGAGAGAGCGCGUUUAUGGGAGAUUUAAAAUUGUAAAGAAGGAGUAUAUCAAGGUCAGUAGUAAGAGUAGGAUGCAGUAUAAAAUUUUGUGUCUUGAAGAGAAGAAUGCAAAGAUAAUAAAAUGAAAGGGACUUUUUAUUUUAGAAUUUUACUGUUGACUACUAUAACUUUUGGGAGGCAGGAUGAUAAAUUUCUGCCUAAACUAGCAGGCAUAACUAGGCAGCCAAGUAUAAAGUUUCCAGAUUUUGAAGACUCAGAAUGAUGUAUAAUGGCCCUGGCCAGUUACUGAAAGAGUUUGUUGUAAUUCCUGGGAAACUGCACAAGUGCAUGUGGUGGUGGCAAUUGUAGAGAGGAUUGUAUCACUUCUUUCCUGAUUUUGCACUAAUUUUGUAACAUAAAUAUAUAUAUGUGUGUGUGUGUGUGUGUGGAUGUAUGUAAGAACUUAUCAAUUCUCUGCAUGCUGUCAGAAUUGUAGACAUCUUAUUUUUUACCAACGCACAAAAAUGUAUAUUAACACUAGUUAAAUAUGUUUUUUAAAUAUACAAGGUGAACAGUUAUUGUUCAUCUUUAGAUACAACACUUAUCUUUCCUUACUGCAUAGAACUGGUUGAGAUGAAACUGCAAGUAUGCUACUUAAAAUAUUUUUGCAGUGGAUAGAACCAGUUAGCUAAUGUCCACUCAUAUUUCAGUGGAGAGUAAAACCAAUUACUUAAUAUACACUCAUAUUUCACUGGAAAGAUAGGGUCCCAUUAUUGUACAUGUGUUGAAGAUUAUUUAAACUUUUUUAUUCAGAUGUGGAAUAUAUUCUAAAAUAAGAUAUAUUAACUAAAGUUGAUGUAUGUUUGUAUACUAUGGCUCCACUUGAAUUAAAUGCUAAUGUUUACAAUACAGCAACUCUAGAUAUUCUUUACAAGAGAAAUUAAAUUGUUUUAAUCAAUUUAUUCAAAUGGUGUAGGAGCAGUGUUCUCUGUUCACAACUCUUAUUCCAUGGAGCAGAUGAUCUUUGCAUUAUAAUCCAAAUUGUGUUGUUUAAUUUAUGUAUAUGCUGACUUUCUUUGAUUAAAUUCAAAGAAAUGCAAAUAGGGCUUCUCAGGGCAUUACAUUUUCAGACCUUUCGCAAAGUGGCUGUAUCAUGUGUCUUCCACCCAACCUCUCUUCUGUAUCGGACAGCACUUCUCAGAGCUCAUUUAUGUCCCAUGAAAUCAUCUGUUUAUUGGUGCGGUUGGCUUUUUUUAAGGUAAACACUCAACUCCUGUUUCUUGAUACUGGUAGUAUGAAAGUGGCUUGUCAGUAUCUUAUUCUAAGAUGUUUUUCAGACUACCUAAUCAGUCUUACACAUCUGAAAUUUAUUCCUUGUUUUCCAUCUGCAUACUAAUUAGAUUCAACCUUGCUUAGGUUUCUGAGCAUAGGCAAAGUAGGCCAGAUAUUGUAAUUUGUAAAUAAAUACCCAUUUUGUAGUAGAUCAAAACAAAAUAAAAACUAUUCACCCUCAAGAUAUACAAGAUUGUCUGUCCAUAUAACAAAUAGUUUUUCAUACAGUAUAUACUCCAAACUUGGUUAUUUAAAAAGGUAUCCAUCUUACUAAUACUUACUAAUACAUAAUCAAAUUUACAUUGCCAAAAUUGCUGUAGACAUUGUAGGUAAAUGUUUUAUCAGAUGUAAUGUAGUUUACAAUCAACACCAUUCUUUGAGUUUAAGAUUUUGAGGACUAUCCUUGAAAUAAUUAUAAUACUGAAAGAAUAGCCAUAGUUUUUUCUUCUAUCUAGACUUACAGCCAAUUCAGAGUAUUUAUAUUAAGAAGAUCCUGACUAAUCCGUAAUCCUCUUAUACCUUCUUUAUACAAUAGGCUUAUUGAUUGGUCUUUCAAGACUACCUUUAAUGGUGAUGUUUUAAACCAUGCAAUUUUAAAAUGUAGAGAGAUAAAAGGACCCUUCAAGAUGCAAUUAUAUCUUUUAUUUUGUUUAAAAUGUGGUACUAUUGCCUAUGCACUACCCUGGAUUACAUUAUAGUUCAAUAGCAGCGAAAAGAUGAAGGAUAAAAUUUAUCUAAAACUAAGCAAGAAGUUUUCCUAUCUUUGGGGAAGAGAUUUUUUAAAGACUAUUUCUAGAUUACUUUAAAAAUAAAAUGGCAUACAAUGAAAUUUAGAUUUCCUGUAAAUAUAUAUUUAAAAAAUAAAUAGAACGUGCCACCAAGCCCAUUAGACUUACAGGAUGCUUUUCCACAUAACCGAAACAAGGCAUGCAUUCUUUUUGUUAUUUUUGACACUAUUGUAUCCAAGAGCAAGCAGAUUAGAGUCUUCAGGAUUCUAAUAUAUAUGUCACUAGCAAUACAAUACUAUUGUCCUGUUUAUGGAUCAUGUGGAAUAAAACAGUUGUGUCAUCAGCCCAAAUCCUUAAAUGUCUUACACAGAGCUUUCUUAUGCAAUCUAUCUAUUUGGGAUAAUUUCUUUUCAUAGUCCACAAAAGAACCCCAAGCAAACGUAUACACAUUACAUAUAUGCAACAAAAUUUAUAAAAUAUGUAACUUACAGAUUUUUUAAGUAGAAGGACCACAACUCGUGACUUGUGAUGGCUUUACAUGAAAUAUAUCCUUGAACCUGCAAUUUUGUCACUUCAAUUUCCAGCAGUAAGUUCUGUUCAACUCAGUGGCAUUACUUUACUUUUAAGUUGGCACGAUCAUGCUACAAGUCUUUUCUUGACCCCCAAAAUACUCAGCAUUAUUCCAUUUUUUAAAAUUAAAUGGGAGGUAUAAGGGACAGAUUUAAUAUAUUGUGGAAAUUAAACUUUAAAUAAUUAAGAGGAAUUCAUAUCUACCCUUGUAUUUCAAGUUAGAAAUGUCAAGAAUAGUUUGGUUAUAAUGGUAUAUCACUUGGACUUGGGCAAGUAUUUUUUCAUAUUUGUACUAAGACCUAGUUUCAGUAACUGGCAUCCUUGAAAAAUUGCCCUGAUAGGAUAGUAAAACUUCAAAACCACUGCCAAAGUGUAAUCCAUUUUAAUUUUUUCUAUCAUAUCCUGGCCAUUAUGUAAGAAUUUUAAGUUGUCAUUAUUUCAUGAUGUAUUGCAUUGGACAAAACUCCAUUAAAUAUUCCAAGGUACUUUAUUGUGAGAAAUGUAAAAUGGUAGUUCAUAACCAUCCCUUACUCAAGAUAAGUUGUUCCUAUAGAAGAAGCUCUAACAUAGAAGUAUAUGUAGGAAUGUGCUUCAUUCCUUAUGUGUGUAGUACACCAUAGGAACGUAGGAACCUCCUUAUGACAAAAUCUUGUCUAUUUUCAUAGUUUAUGGCCUUUAAAAUUUUAUAAAUUGGAUAUGCCACUAAUCACUCUGAAAAAUAUGUAUGAAAAGCACGUGAUAUAUCACUGUGCUAUGGUCUCUGUCUCAAAGUACCCUCCUUGAAAAAUAUUAAAAGAUGUAUGGGCUGAGAUAACGUCACAAUUUCAGUUCCGGAUCUUGGAAUUAUUUUUUUUAACCAUUUCAAAACUAACAACCAAUCCCUAUUCACUAUCAUUAGGGUAAUCCUGCAUAUAUUUGUGCUAUUAAUCUGUGAAUCUGGCAUGUAUAGAAGGCCUCCUGAAUGUUCUCUGAUUUGAUUGAAGAGUCUCACCUAUUUCUGCUGCUAAGUUACUUUCAUUUGUAACACAUUUCAACCUAUUUCCCUGGCUACUAAUCUGAUAAUAACAAUGCUGUUAUCCAAAUAAACUGUUUCCCUGUCA